AUGGCGGAUGCGACGCCCCAAUUGAAGAGGAAAGCCGAGGAGGCGGCGGCGCAGAAGAGGGCCAAGAAGCAGAGGAAGAACGAGGCCGCUGCCGCUGCGCUCCAUGAAGGUCGCAACGGCGAAUCUACAAACGGCGCAACCGGUGCGACGCCCAAAUCCAAGACUACGCCGAAGAAGCAAUCGAAUCCCGCACCGAAAGCGAACGGUGCAAGCAAGGAUGCGACAACUGGUAGCACGACGGAUGUACACAAAACCACCAAGAAGUCUCAGGCGCAGAAGAACGCAUCUGCCGACAAGCUUGAAGAUCAGGACACAAGUGCCAACGGGUCGGCCGAACCAGCUGAAGUCAAUGGAACACUAGACAAGUCAGGACUAUCAAAGGCAGCCCUUAAAAAGCAGGAAAAGAAGGAGAGGAAGGAAAGGAACAGGCAAGAGCGUAACGAGCUCAUGGAUGCUGAAGUUUCGGGUAUCAUAAAGAAGAAGAAGAGCAAGACAGAGAGGUGGAUUUCGUCACGCGGUCACGGAGGAUGGUUCUUACCUGCCGACCCUGUAUUCUCUCCCGAUGAGAAGUACCUGAUCGUCGCUGAGCCCAAAUCACUACACGUCUAUGCUACUGAAACGUCGUUGCUCGCCAAUACCCUUGCCGAAGAUGACGCAGGCGUCCUCACAGCUUAUGCUCUAUCACCUGCGAGCCCUCACCUCGUGUACGUCGCGUACUCCCUUGGGCACAUAAUACUAUGGAACUGGGUGGUCGGCAAGAAGGCUGGUCGAUGGAACAUUGGUGCUACGGUCCGCCACAUGGCAGUCAUUGCGCAGUCUGAUUCCUCCGAGGAUGAUCUUAUAUACUGCCAUGAAGCCGAUGAAGGCCACCACACUAUCAGUGUGCGCGCACUUCGGACUAAGCGUCAAGAUACCCGGACAGAACUCAAGCAAGUCAAGCAGGUACUGAGUGCAGGCGCUGUCACCGGUAUUCAGGUGCUUCUACAAGGCAAAUAUGUCGUGGCUGCUACAUCUGACUCUCUUGUAGUCGGAAAGCGCGUGAAGGCCAACAAGACGGCUCUUGAAGACUUUGAGUAUGUCUGGCGUGAGUUUAAGUUCUCGAAGCACAUCACUACCUUCAGCGUUUACCACCGUGAGCAACAAGAGACUAGCAACGGAAAAAAGACUCCACAGGAUCAAAGGGAUGUGCUCGACAUCGCUGUUGGUGAAGAAACUGGUGUGAUUCUUCUUUUUGAAGACAUCCUGGCUUCAUUUGCUGCGAUUGAAAAGAGCAAAAAGGAGGGAAUGGACAACGCCGAAAGCUUUAGACCUAAGAGACUCCACUGGCACAGGGAUGCGGUAGGAUCUGUCAAGUGGUCGUUGGACGGCAACUAUCUUAUUUCAGGUGGCGACGAGACCGUUCUCACGAUAUGGCAGCUUGCCACUGGACAGCCACAGCAUCUACCCCAUCUUUCGGCGGCCAUUGAGAACGUUGUGGUUUCCCCUACAGGUUCAGCCUAUGCGUUGACACUGGCUAACAACUCUGUUAUCGUGCUUUCUACCACAGAGCUCGACGCCCGCACAAACAUCGUCGGCAUUCAAUCACGUCGAAUCGAUAUCGAGCAGCUGCCCAAAGACACAAAGUCCGGCAUGUAUCCAGUACCAAUGGCGGUGAACCCGGCCAACCCGACCGAAGUAUUCUUCUCCGUACCAUCGUCGCAACCUCGCCAGAAGAAGAAAGAGGAGGAUCCCAGGCCCGAGCCAUACCUACAGACAUUUGACCUUGGGAAUGACCGCGCCAAAGGGCGACAGGCACUCACUCGCAACAACGCAACGGAACCAAAUGUCGCGCCUGACGGGCGUCGAAUCAAAGAGCCUACUGUCACGCAUCUUCAAGUCAGCCAUGACGGAGAAUGGCUCGCCACGAUUGAUGAGUGGGUUCCGCCACGGUCGGAUACUCGUUACCUUAAUGAGGGUGUCCCGGAGUUCAAUGAGCAGGAGCGUCUGAACCGUCGCGAGGUAUAUCUCAAAUUCUGGCGACGCGACAAAAGCACCGGGCAGUGGAAGCUGGAGACACGAAUUGACGCACCACACUUUUUCGAGGACGUAUGUGGUAACGGUCGAGUAUUUGAUCUUGUCGCUGACCCGGCUGCUGCUGGGUUCGCAACUGUUGGCGAAGACCACGUCGUACGGAUAUGGAGGCCUAAGACGCGAUCACGCGACGGAGUCAUCGUUCGUGGGGCCCAGCAGGAAGGUCUGGUUACCUGGUCGCUUGACCAGGCGAUUGAGAUCAAUGACAAGCUCGACAUUACCGAGGGUUCACAGCAGUCCUUACCGCCACGUACUUCACGACUGGCCUUCUCGUCCGAUGGCUCGGUCCUCGCUACUUCAAUCUCUUGGGACUUGAAAGAAGACGCUGGUGUCACACAUCUGAUUGACGCUCACUCUGCAACCAUCCGACGAUCGUUGACUGAGAUUGAUGUUACGGCGCUCUCUGGGCUUGGAUUUGUCGGACAAUUCCUAGUAGUGGUUGCUGAUGCCGUUACUGUCUGGGAUAUGGUCUCUGACGAACUUGCAUACAGCAUUCCAAUUGACACUCCUGGCAUAGGACGUCUAGAGCGCGUACCACUCGUCCGACUAGCUUGCAACGACAAUGAUAUUGACGGCACAUUCGCUGUAUCACUACCUCGAUUUGAGAAGAACGGAUCGUCGAGAUUGUUUGUUUACAGUCCGGAGCACCAGAAGCCUGUUUGGAAAGAUACAUAUUCUGGUGUUACGCUAGGUCUGGCAUCUCGGAGAAGCGAAAGUGGCUACGUUGUUCUUGACUCAAGGUCGUGUCUUAGAACCAUCACCCCAAGCGCUGGAUCAUUACAGCUGCCGACUCCCCCACCAGAGCAAGAAGAGAUGCACCGUAUACCCUACCCAGUGGACGACGAGGAGGAAGAGGCUGGCAGACCUUUGGCGAAUCUCUUAGUUUCGAAUGAUCUCACCCAAGACACUCAGCGCGACGAGCAUGUAUUCAGCAUGCAGGAUUUGCAGAAUGUGCUGCAUGACGGUUCUGUACCUCCGCCGCCUCAGGGUCUGUUCAGCAACAUUUUGGCGCUCAUUGGUGGGAAGCCGCAAAAGGCAUCAGCAUAG